UUAACUCAUAAACUGUCAUUACUUUUGACGCUGCCUCCUGAAAUUGUUGGCUGAGUCAGAUCAGGUCAUAAAAGUCAUAACUAGUCAUUGUUUAAGUUGUUAUUAAUUUUCUUGUACUUGCGAGAAUGCAAAGUUUUCCUCCUCAUCCAGGCGUAAAAGCACUAAACUGCGUGCUGAGGCCGCAUUUUUAUUUUUCUCUCGGCAACAAAACUGCGAGCUGACCGCAACUUGAUUGAAUCGGUUUGUUGUUAUUUGUGACUAACAAUUAAAGCAAAAGGUGAGUUUUUUAUUAAUAAAAUUGCUACGGAUGCUGCAAUUGUGCUGGAUUAGUCAUGCGUGCUAUUUAAUCGCUUGUUUCAUUGCAUACUAUGACAUGACUACACUGAUCAAGCAAUGAGGAACUCUGCAUGUCAAUUAAUAUUAAUAGAUAAUCAUUGGAGCUUUUUAAUUUACCCACCAACAAUGACGUGAGCGUAAAUUUUAAUUUUGAAUGACAAUAGCAGAGUUAUGGCGACAUCAAAAAUUCUUGAAGAAAUGGAUUGCUCCAAUCUGUUAUACGAACGGAUAGCUCAGCAAAUGAAGAACACGAUUAUGAUGCAUGACAACUUGAUCCCUCUGAGAGACUAUCACAUUGAGCAGAUGUUCAAAAUCAACAAUGAUGAUCUGAAGAACCGGUUUGAGGCCAAAAAAGCCGAAAUCGUGCAGGACUACAAAGAUUGCGCUGUUUGGCCGGAGAUUUUCCACGGAUCACCCUACUGCUACGAAAUCAUUCUAAAAGGCUUCAACAUCGACUGCACCAGAUCGAUCACGAUCCCUACGUUCGGUCGAGGAAUUUACGUGACUCCGCACUCUUCCAAAGCCAACCAGUACGCGUUUGGAAAAAAUAAAGGCUGUCCCAUGCACGAGGACAUAGCGUGCAAGAUUUGCACUCGCCAAAUGCUGUGUCCUAUUGCAUCAUGGGCCACCAGUUCCAGCCAAAUGCUCCAACUAGGACACUUCCAUCUGGUUACCACAGUGUUGUGGCGGAUCCUGUCACAAACCAAAACAUCAGGCAUUACCUGAAAUACCCUGAAUACUGCAUCUUGCAUGGUGACCAGGUACUGCCGUAUGUUCUGAUUGAAUACAGAAUACUUUAUGAUGAUGAUUUUCCAAAACCAAUGCGUACAACCAAGAUAUGGAAGAAUUCAAAUACCAAAUCAUUUCCAACAAGUUUGUACGAGUAAGAUGCGAUCGUAAGAAUGGUAUGUACAGAUAAUACGUCAAUAGAUUUGGAUCCUCUAUACAUAGUUAAUCUACCGACUUUGCGGGUUCAUUUUUUAUGCUUGUGUUAUAUUCAUAAAUUAUUAUUCUAAUUGUUCAAAUCUCUAUUUUGGAUCAUCCAACAAGGGAAUUUCGGUUCCUGUGUCAACCUUUAUUUAGAUGAUCAUCGAAUAUUCCACUCUAACAUUGCACUUGAAACCAAUUCAUUAUAAUAUUUUUAUUUAGAGGCCUAUCGUCACCCACGAAAUUUAAGGCGGCAGCUGGCGUAACCGGCUUACAAUUAGCUGAAUGUUUUGCUCGGCGGCUGGAGGCAGCUUAAGCUUGAUUCUCGGCGGCUAAGCUGACCCAAAAUUUGCCAGUUGGCACAUACAGUGCAGCUCGGCUGGCUGCGAGACCGCUAUUUUGCAUUUUUGAAGUAGCACACUUUUAAUCGAUUGUUUUGAAAAUUUUUAUUUAAAAAAUUCAGCUUGGAUCCGAUCAAUACGGAAAAACCGCAUUUUCCCUGAAGUCACUGCUUUGCCUAAUAUUGUUUUUUUUCCCCGAUUUUUGUGCAGUUGUGCGCAUUUUUCCGAAACAAAUGUAUUUUUAUUGAUGAUCAAAAAUUCUCGUGAUGGUUGAUCAUAAAUAGGGAUUUUACCAAAUAAGAAUAUAAAAGCCACAGGUUUCACGAAUAGACUGAAAAUUUUCACGCUCCAUCGUAUAUAAUUUUCCAAAAUUUCUGACUGCUUUGGCGUGAAAUGUGACUUUUUCAGGGUUACAUUAGGAAAAAUACGGAAAACCCCAAAUCUUGUGGUUUUUUAUUCCAGCUGGUAAUUUACGCAUAACAAAAUAGUGGUGCACUUUUGCGCAUUACAAAAUUACUUUUGUGCGUGUGUGUAUUAAGUGUUUUUAUCAAGUUGAUUCUGUGUAUAGUUUUAAACUGUUACCUAUGUUUAUCUUGUGAGCUAUUUAUUAUAGAAUAUUAAAUAUUCAUUCGCUAAAAGCUAUCGAAUUAUAUACCGAAUUAAAAUGCAAGCUAUGUUUUAUGCUGAUGACCAGCAAUCAGCCUAUAAUUGAUUUUUUCAAUUCCAUUUUUUAAGACAUUAUUUAGGACGAGGAGAAAUCGAGCCACCCGUGUUUUAUAUUAUGCUAUAGGCCACCGCAGCACAAUACAUAGGCGAGCUAUUUGCUGCAAUUGUGCGCUUGACAUCGACGGCGGCAUGCACCCUUAAAUCUAUUGUCAAUUAAUUGUGAAAAUUUACUGUCAACAGAUAUUGUUAAAUGGGUCUUCGUGAUUUUGGCCUCGGGGGAAAUAGAAAGCAAAGUGGGUAGAGGUUUUCGGGAACAAACAGGAGUUAUCGCCACGGUUUUGCUGAUAUUUUUGGAAGAAACGGGCAAUUAACCCUCUUGCCCAACGCCGAGAAGUUAGUGAGCGAAGGCGAGAAGCGCGUUGAGGGAAGCGCAAAACAUUUCGCCACGAAAGGUGAACCUUGUCGGUCCGCAACCUCACCAACAAGAAUAUAAGGACACCUAAUUUUAGAUUAAAAUUUUUAGAAGAGUAAAAACAGUUGGUUAGCGGAGGUAUACACUUUUAACGCCAAUUCACCUGCCAAAAUUUUCAAAUAGAAUAGAGGAAUUAAGACACAUUGUUGUUAAAAAAAUUCUGAGAAAAAUUCAAAUAUAUUAUUCCAUAUAGGUCAAAAUAAAUUUGGAAAACUUCCAUCUUUUAAUAAAUUUACCUGCUUGGUCUGCCCCUAGAAGACAUUUUUGCGCAGCUCAACUUAAUGUGUGAGUUAUUUGUACGUUGGGGGGUGAAUUCAUAGACGUCAGGCCUGCACCACUGAAGCGCCUCAACUCCCUAACCUACCAAGAAGGCGCACAAAAAACCGGCAGUUCAGAUUGGACAAAACGCCAUGCAUGAAAUUCUUAUGAUUUUACAGAUAAAUAACCACGAUGCAAAUUUAGAAUUCCUCGGACACAAUUAAGUUGGUCCUUUUGAGGCCCGAGAACUUCAUCAGUUUUUUUCGUAAGGAAAUUUUUAAAACAUUUAUUUAUUGCAUUUCUCACUUGAGGAAUUAGAAAAGGUCAUUGCUGAAUAAAAUCUGGUGGAUUAACCCUGCCUGUUACUCGUUUCCUGCGGUUUUUAAUCCGAAUCCUAUAAAUUCUGCGGUUUUUUUUUCAGAUAAAAUAAAAUGCCGAAGAGAGGCCUGUAGGGUUGCAACCACUACUUUUAAUUUAAUUGAACCGUGCGAGAUCAAUAUUCUUCUCAAAUUUUCACCCUUUAGUCAGUGUGGCAUCCAAUAAAUUUUUUCCCUUUAAUAAAAUAAUGUUUCUAUCUUUAAAAUGACAAUAACCGUGUUGUAUUGCCGUAACCUGCUUGGAGGUGUAUUUCAGAUGUUUUUGAUCAAGGUGACAAAUCAAAUUGCCAGAAUAAUGCGCAAUGAGAUCACGUGCAAAGAUGCGUUUGGAGUGUUAAAAAAAUUAAUUCAGAUUUCUCCUCCCUAAGGUGCAAAUUGUGAGUUUUAUAAUUUAAACAAUUCUAGCUUAGAACAAUUUAUUGGGUCUAAAUAUUUUCGAAAUUGGGGAAUUUUGUAGUCCUCAAGUAGAAUUUAAAAUAAAUAAAUAAAAAUAAGACUGUUAUAAAAAUAUAUAGCCUCAGCAGCCUUCAGCUAACUGUCUAAUUUCCUCGAAAUUGAUCUACAGUCAUUUUGGAGUCCUAUAUUAUACUUAAACUCUUCCUCACUCUCCCCUUUUGGGCGCAAACAUUUUACAUCGAUUACAUCGGUAACAAUAAUAUUGAUCGUAACAUAUCGUCAGGCUAAACCGUACUGACAGUCAUGAAAAUAAAUUAUCCUGGUUUAUAAGUACCAAACUAUUUGUAAGACUUUGAGAGACUGUCUUACACAAUUGCCGUGCAAAUAUAUGACAUUUCGCUCGUUGCCUUGUUAUUAAACCAGAUUUCAUCCUUUAUAUAAGACUUUUUGGUAAAAAAAACUAACAUAUAGUGCAAAAGUCUACAUGAUUGAAAUUCACAGUAUAAGUGAAUAUAAAUUUUUCUUAAAAAGUGCAAUGAAACUCACAUUACAUUUUUGUCAUUUUUAUUGCCUGCUCAAAUUUUACGCAAAAAUUUGAUCCAAACCACGCAUGCUUAUAAUGUUUCUAACAAUAAGUGAAUGAAGAUAACUUCCUGCAACCUGCAGCACAGUCGUGACGUUUCGCAUGGUGCCUACAUUCAACCGGCUUAAAAAGUCUUAUGUCGAUAGACUCUUUAUCUUUGUGUUAGACUUUUACAAGGAUUAUAAAUGCAGACAGUUUUGUUGGGUAUUUUCCUCUUGAUCAGUGGCUUUCAACGCAUCUUCCUGAGGAACUCCCUGGCGCAGAAAAUAGGCUUGCGAAGGGCCUCUAAAGCCUCUACACCUUGGCCGGGCCAAAAAUCAACUCACAAAAUCUUGUCUACUGUAUGCCAUAUAGCGCAAGUUGUGAAAGGAGCUUUCCAACAUGGCGACAUUAGAAACACUGGAUAGCUCCAAUGCUUUAUACAAGCAAAUUGUUCAACGGAUGAGAGAGACGAUUAAAGACCAUGCUAACGAUAUUCCUCUGUCAGAUUAUCAAAUCGUUAAGAUACAAAAAAUCUCCAACUCUGCUGCGAACAAUCGGCGGUUUGAAGCGAAAAGGACAGAAAUCGAGCGAGCCUACAGCGGCUCUCAAGUGUGGGAAACGUUCCACGGCUCGCCGCAAUGUGACAAAAUCGUUGCAGAAGGCUUCGACGUGCGCUGCUCCAAGCCCAGCAGCAUGUUCGGAAGAGGAAUUUACGUGGCGCCUCACUCCUCGAAAGCAAACCAAUACGCGUUUGGCAAAAAUAAAGGCUGCUCUUCGCACAACAAUACGGCGUGCACGAUUUGCGUGCGCAAAAUGCUCGUUUGCUACUGCAUCAUGGGCCGGCAGUUCCAUCCCAACGCACCGACUAAAGACAUUCCCUCUGGUUACAACAGCGUCGUGGCCGAUCCGGACACAAAUCCCCAAAUCAGGCAGCAUCUGAAAUUCCCCGAAUACUGUAUCUUGCGUGGGGAGCAGGUGCUGCCUUAUAUUUUAAUCGAGUACAGAAUUUUGACCCACGAUCGUUUACCAAGGCCGAGAAUUGUACCUAUGAGAGAAAGAAGAGAACAAGAGGUAGAUGAUGCAACUCAAAUAGCUGAGCGCUUUCUUUUACUAGUUAUCCCUGCUGCGUUCCUGCUACGUCGACUUUUAGAAUAAUACGAGUGUAUAUGAUCGAAAUUUUCUGCAUAAAAUAA